CUGCGCAUGCGCACGCGGUCUCCUCCUGAGCUGAGUGCGGCGGCUGCGGGAUCGGGCGGGCGGCGGCAGCGGGAUGGGUGUGCACGUGGAGACCAUCGCCCCCGGAGACGGGCGGACCUUCCCCAAGCGCGGACAGACCUGCGUGGUGCACUACACGGAUGUACUCUGCUGGCUUCGAGGCUUUAGUCUUGGAAAGGCAGGCGGUGCUGCCUCAGCACUGCUGGCGAGCGGUAUGCUGGAGGAUGGGAAAAAGUUUGAUUCCUCCCGCGACAGGAACAAGCCAUUCAAGUUUGUGAUGGGCAAGCAGGAGGUGAUCCGCGGCUGGGAAGAAGGGGUUGCGCAGGUUUGGCACAUGGAGGAAUCCAGAAUCUCAGCUUCAAGAAAAAUGCACAUGACUUUGUAUGGAGCUUUUCCUGAUAUUCCACUACACUCAUUGUAUAACCAUAUACCCUGAUUGAAUGUGUCUGAUCACUCAGCUUUGCUUCUGACUCUUCCUCCUUGUAUUGUGGUUUUAUGUCUUUUAAACUAUAUGCCGUAAACCUCACCAUUUUGGGGGUCAAAUUCUUAAUCUUAUUUUUGUUCUGGGUGUAGAUUAAGUUGUGUAUGAUUGAGCAUUUACCAGUAAGUACACUGAUGGGUUAACCUUAGAUAGGAAUUGUUUGAACAAAGAAAACCUGUUAAUUUUUUGGAUGCAAAUAUCGUGUAUUAAAAACAAUUGCUGCUGCUCCAAAAGCCAUAGCUAUCGAGGGCUGAGUGACUCUGGAAAGCAGAGUAGUUCUAGGCUAAUGUAUUUGUUUCCUUGGCUGAAACUGGGCCUCUGGGAGCAACUUGCUUCCCCCUUCCCGUCUGCCUUGUGGAAGGACAGUUUCAACGCGGUGUUGCUGCCCCAGCAGUAUUUUCCCUCCAGGGUGGCUGGGGCUGCCCUUUCAGCUGCCCCCAUCGCUACCCAUUGACUUUUUCAUAUCUUGGUUAUUUUCUCUUGGAUUUCAAAGACCUUUUUAUCUUUAGCCAUCAAAGCUCUGCAACUACCUACAUUCAAGAACUUGAAUUGAACUUUUUAAAUUGAAGGUGCUGUUUAUGGGGGGUGGGGGAGAUACAAAAAGAAACCAGCCCACAAGAGAAAACCCAAACCCCAGUCGUCGUAAUUACGACUUAGACCCGAGUGUUCUCUACCAAACCUUGAUGCUGGUCAUCACAGCUCGCAGCAGUUUCCUGUAUGACGCACAGUCCUGCUCUGCUGAGGUCCUUCCCACUCGCCUGCCUCUGCCCUGUGUAGUAAUUUUUGGUAAGAGAAAUUGCCGCUAUCACUUCCUCCUCCACCACAUCAAAGUAUCACGUUUUAUUAUUGCAAUAAAAUGCUUUAUGCUGGCUUUUCUCAA